CAUUGCCUAGUGCGUCUCAACAGGAAGGGGUAUAUGUGGGCAGCGAGUGCGUGAUCUUGCUGGCAGGGGAAGACGAAAGCCAAACCAGUGUUUGUUGCGCAGGCGAUCGGGACAACACACGUAUCUCAAGUCCUGUAGCUCGAUCCGCAAAGGCCUGACCCCCCGUCACGUGGCGUAACUAGUCGUUGAGGACAAACGGAUGAACAGGUCAUCAUCACUUGAGGAAAGCAAUCAGUUUUCAUACAAACUGCAACUUGCAAGACAAAAGUGCAUUGAAUCUAAGACAUCAUCAAAUAUUCUCCUUCAACAACUUUCAUUCCAGGAGGCUUGAAGGAAGAGCCCUUGCAAAUCCUCACACGGUAUUUGAACAAGCCAAUAUUUUGCCAAGAGCGACCUGUACAUACCCUCAGCUGUGUAGCUGCUGAUGACGAUUUUCAUCUUGGAUCUAUUACAGGCAUCGUUGUCACUUGCUGUCCGCGCUCUGUCUGCGCAUACAUUCUCUCGAGUCCGGCUUUCAGCUCUGAAAUCUGUCGCGGCGUAUCCCGAUUGAUUCGCUAGAUCUGGAUCUGAAAAUGCGACUGCCGACACAGAAGGCUUAUUCAGCUUUUGAACAGAAGAUGUAAGCUGGUAUUGGUGCGUGAGCUAGUCUUUGUCCAAGACCUUCAGAGAGAUUCAUCGAGAUAGAGAGGAGGAAUUUGUGACUUGUGGUGUUUGAAUCAAGACUUGGGAAUGGAUUUUUGCUUGAAUACCUAUGUCCUAUUUUCAUACCAACCAAGGCCGUUGGACAUCUGAGAUCCGUCUUCAUCGCAUUCUUGAAGUCUGUACAUUGUGGCUUUCUCAUCAAGCGAGGUCGCCGCCACUUGUCUUUUACCGCUGGCGACAGUUUUGACAGUAGAAACUGAACGGGAUCGUUUCAGACCCUUCAGCUAGCACCCCAUCCUCCCACGACAGCUGAGGAAGGGUCGCCUUAACACGAUCAGCACAAGUUUAAUGAAAACACAGAAGUAAAGCAGUAGUAAAUCAUGAAAUAAAUCAUUGUUGUUCAGCCCAGAGAGAUAUUGACAAGCGUAAUCGGAGAGAAAGAGCAUUUGCGUGAAUACCGUCAUUGACAUUAGCAUAAUUCUGUACCCAUGCAAGACAUGAGGAUGGCCUAAUUAAGUGCCUUUCUUUUCUCUUGUCAAAUCAGUUGUGCCUUUUAAAUGUCUGGAUUUUUUUGUAUGACAAAUGGAAAUAUCACACCGUUCUUCCUGCACCAGUGCCUUACUCAGGAUUACAUAUUUUGGAAUACCGCCUAAGCUGCUGUAACAGUGUGUGGGAUGGGAUUGUUUCAAUAUCUGGAUGGUGCAUAGAGAGAACAAAACACAUUAAAUUUCACUUUGGAUUGGAUGCGUGAGCUAAUAAAGUCUGAUGCUGACAAAGCUUGCAACCUUUGUAUCUGCUGCUGCGAUUUUCCUUUGCUUCUUUGUAACCCUGCUUGAGUUCUUCACGCGGGAACUUUACUACUCAGUGCACCAAAAGAUCAACGGCGUCGCGAGUGUCGUGAACAUAAAAGCAACUAAUACGGCUAGUGUCACAAACAACGAGAAACCAACAAACACUGCUCGUAGUGCAAACAACGAACCAGCAAGCACUGGUGGUACUGCAAUCGACAAGAAAUCAACAAACACUGCUGGUAUCGUAAUCAACAAGAAAUCAACAAACUCUGCCGAUAUCGUAAAUAACGAGAAAUCGACAACCAUGAAUAAGAUGACGUCGCUGGAGAUCUCGCGGGCUAACACCCUGCUCCACCGUCAGCCCAAGCACCCUUUGCAGAAGAUGAAGAACGGUCGGCCGUGCAGCUUUCCAACGACGCGCACCGAGCUCUACUCCAUCUAUAACAACCAGGGGGAGCGACAGACAGAGGAGCAGCGCAUCCUGGACGAGAUCUUCUCAUGCCUACUGAAAGGCAUCGUGGAUGGAUGUUACGAUGAGAAUGGCCUGAACGCUCUCCAUCUAAGCUCUAAGGAGGGCCAUCUGAACAUUGUCACUGAACUGCUCAAGAGAGGAGCCGAUGUGGACGCAGCCACCAAGAAAGGAAACACCGCCCUCCACAUCGCUUCGCUCGCCGGUCAGGAGGACAUCGUCCGCAUGCUCGUGGAGUUCAACGCCAACGUGAAUGUCCAGUCGCAGAAUGGAUUCACACCACUGUACAUGGCCGCCCAGGAGAACCACGUCAAAGUCGUCAAGUUCCUGCUGUCCAGCGGGGCCAAUCAGAGCCUUGCAACAGAGGAUGGGUUUCUGCCGCUUGAUGUCGCGACCCAACAGGGUCACGAUAUCGUCGUGGAAACUCUCUUGCAACACUCACGACCCCAGUAUCCGAAUAAAUCGGAGGAUGGGUUUACACCGCUGGCGGUUGCCCUGCAGCAAGGACACGACAAGGUCGUCGCCGUUCUACUGGAGAACGACCGUGCAGGCAAGACUCGGCUGCCGGCCCUGCACAUCGCUGCCCGUAAGGACGACACCAAGGCUGCCUCUCUGCUUCUACAAAAUGGACACAACCCAGAUGUGCCAUCUAAGAGUGGUUUUACCCCACUGCACAUAGCUGCUCACUAUGGACACGUCAAUGUGGCGACACUCCUCCUCCAAAAGGGAGCUUCGGUCGACCACGCUGCCAGGAACCAUAUCACACCACUCCACGUCGCAGCCAAGUGGGGGCGUGUCAAUAUGGUCAACACACUUCUAGACCGAGGGGCGCGUAUCGAUGCAAAGACCAGGGAUGGUCUCACUCCCCUCCAUUGCUCUGGACGCAGUGGACAUGAGCAGUGCGUGGAUCAGCUACUUGAGAGAGGAGCACCAAUCUCGGCUAAGACAAAGAAUGGACUUGCCCCGCUGCACAUGGCAGCCCAGGGAGAUCACGUGGACAGUGCCAGGCUUCUGCUCUACCAUCACGCCCCUGUCGAUGAUGUCACCGUCGACUACUUGACCCCUCUGCACGUUGCUGCUCACUGUGGACACCACAAGGUGGCCAAACUGCUGCUUGACCGCAAGGCCAACCCAUCGGCAAGAGCCCUGAAUGGAUUCACUCCACUGCAUAUCGCUUGCAAGAAGAACCGAGUCAAGGUCAUUGAACUUCUGCUGAAGUACGGUGCUUCGGUCCAGGCCGUCACUGAGUCUGGCCUUACUCCACUGCAUGUUGCCGCCUUCAUGGGCAAUAUCAACAUUGUGAUGUACCUCAUCAAAAAUGGCGGAGGUGUCGACGAGACCAACGUGCGUGGCGAGACCCCUCUCCAUCUGGCCGCUCGAGCCAACCAGAUCGAGGUCAUCCGCGUGUUGCUGAGCAACGGGGCUAAGGUCGACGCCCGUGCCCACGAGAACCAGACCCCGCUCCACAUCGCCGCUCGCCUGGGCAACGCGGAGAUCGUCAAACUGCUGCUGGACAACGGGGCGUCGCCCGAUGCCCAGACCCGCGAUCUCUACACCGCUCUGCACAUCGCCGCACGUGAGGGCAAGGAAGACGUGGCGCAGGUGCUGUUGGAUAACGGUGCAACGCUGUCUAUGACUACCAAGAAAGACUUCACUCCUCUUCAUGUGGCAGCCAAGUACGGCCGCUAUGAUGUGGCCCAACUCCUGCUCAGCCGUUACGCUAGCCCAGAUGCGACUGCCCAGAAUGGUCUGACUCCUCUUCACAUCGCUGCUCACUAUGACAACGUCAAGGUUGCUAUGCUGCUCCUGGACCAGGGUGCCUCACCACACAAGACUGCUAAGAACGGAUUCACUCCUCUCCACAUCGCCUCCAAGAAGAACCAGAUGGAUGUAGCCACAACUCUGCUGGAGUACGGUGCCGAUGCCAAUGCCAUGACCAAGCAGGGGAUCAGCCCCAUUCAUCUGGCAGCCCAGGAGGGCCACACUGAGAUGCUAGCCCUCCUGCUGGAGCGUGGCGCCAAGCCCAACAUCCAAUCUAAGAAUGGACUGACCCCUCUCCAUCUGGCUGCCCAAGAGGACCAGCUGGAAGCGGUCUCCAUGCUCCUGGACAACGGCUCCCAGAUUGACCCUCAGACCAAGGCCGGUUACACCCCGCUCCACGUUGCUUGUCACUACGGCAACCUGAAGACCGUUACCUAUCUGCUGGAGCAUGGUUCGGCUGUCCAGGCCAAGACCAAGCAUGGCUUGACUCCAUUACAUCAAGGUGCACAGCAAGGUCAUGUAGCUAUCAUCAACAUCCUCCUUCAACAUAAGGCAGAUCCAAAUGAAAUAGCUAAUAAUGGCUACACGGCUCUGGGCAUUGCGAAGAGGUUCGGCUACAUCUCUGUCGUCAACACUCUCACCACCGUUACCACGGAAACAAGCACCGUUAUCUCUCCCACUGAGGAGAAGCUGAAGGUUCAAGUCCCGGAGACCAUGCAGGUCACUUUCAUGUCCGACACCGAAGACGAAGAAAAUUCUGGGGACGAUGUAUCCAUGACUGGGGACCAGUCUCUGCUGACCCCCCAGGAGAUUAGGACCAUGGGAGACGACUCGGUCAUCAACGACCACCGCCGAUCCUGGGAGGAUGAUUGGAUGCGAGGAGAACCGGUUAUGAACUACUACACCGGUCACGAGUCCCUCUCCGGCCACUACGGGGGCGACAAGCAGCGCCCCGCCUACAGCCCUACCGGUUACAGCACCAUGGACUCCAGGAACAGCACCCUUAACAGGGACUACAAUGCACCCCUGGGUCGCCCCGAUGACAGCAUCAUUGAGGGAGAGAUGAUCAUGGCUACCACUGAGAGCGUCGUGGAAUCAGCACCACCUCUUCUUAGCUCCACGCCCAACCGCCAUUCUACCGGCCCUGUAAUAACACUCAACGGCAAGACCUACAACAUCGGGGACCCCUACGUCGACGAUAACGGCCGCCUCGUCUCUGGCAAGGCCUUUGGACCCAACGGACGACCGGUGUCCGUCACGCUUGACAACGCACCGAUGCACCAGAUGCCGUUCUUUGCAGGGUUCCUGAUCAGCUUCAUCGUGGACGCCCGUGGUGGCACCAUGCGCAGCUGCCGCCUGCCCGGCCUCCGCGUCGUGGUACCGCCACAGCGCGCCUCCGGCCCCACGCGGGUCACCUGCCGUCUCAUCAAGCGCACCAAGCUCACCACCCAGCCACCCCUCAUGGAGAACGAAUCCCUCGCAAGCCGAGUGCUCGAGGUCGGACCUGCCAACACCCAGUUCUUAGGGGGUCUUGGAAAUAAGAGCGUGACCUACCCUCCCCUUAACGACGGCGAAGCCCUCUGUAGCCGAAUCAUUGAAAUGGGGCCGCCGAAUGAAAAGUUUUUGCGACCGGUUUUGAUCGAGGUUCCGCACUUCGCCUCGCUGCGCGGCAACGAGCGUGAGAUCGUGAUCCUUCGCAGUGAGACGGGAGAGACGUGGAAGGAACAUUCUCUGGAUGCAAAUGAGGAGGAGAUCCAGAAAUCCAUGGAGGGAUACGACCAGGAGGACAAUGACCAGUCCAAGGGCCAGUCGGACCGCCGCAUGUGCCGCAUCCUGACCAAGGACUUCCCACAAUACUUUGCCAUCAUCUCGAGGGUUCGUCAGGAGACCAACACCAUCGGACCGUCGGGAGGCAUGCUGAACUCGACCGUCGUACCACAGGUCCAAGCAGUGUUCCCUGAGGGAACCCUCACUAAGAAGAUUAAAGUGGGACUACAGGCUCAACCAGUUGGAAACGAUGUCGUCAAGAAGGUCUUAGGAAACCGUGUGAUGGUGAGCCCCAUUGUCACCAUUGAGCCACGACGCCGGAAAUUCCAUAAACCCAUCACAGUCACCAUCCCCGUACCCACUGCCUACAACCAAGGGGUUAUCAACGGGUAUGGAGGGGACUUCCCUACCUUGAGACUGCUCUGUAGUAUUACAGGUGGAACUGCACCGGCACAAUGGGAGGACAUCACUGGUACUACUCCGCUGACCUUCGUUAACGACUGCGUAUCCUUCACUACCACUGUUUCAGCAAGAUUUUGGCUGAUGGACUGCAAAGAGAUCGACCAGGCGAGCAACUUUGCCCGAGAGCUCUACCAAGAGCUCAAAGCGGUGCCCUUCAUGGCCAAGUUUGUGGUCUACGCCAAGACGCACGACCCCGUGGAAGGGCGCGUGCGCGUCUUCUGCGUGACGGACGACAAGAGCGAGAAAUCUCUGGAGCAACAGGAGAACUUCAAGGAAGUAGCCAGGAGUAAAUUUGUCGAGGUUCUAGAGAGCAGACCGGUCUUCAUCGAGAUGGCAGGCAACCUCGUUCCCGUUCAGAAGUCUGGUGACCAGCUCAACCUCGCCUUCACCGCCUUCCACGAGAACAGGCUGCCGUUCUUUGUCAGGGUACGCGACCAGUCGUCCGAGCGCUGCGGCCGGCUGUCGUUCAUGCGGGAACCCAAGGUGCAAAGGGGCCUUCCUCCCCAGAAGGCCGCUUGCAACCUCAACGUCACUAUGCCAUCUUAUGUCAAGGUGAAAAAAGCAAGUGAAAGUGAAUCGGAGAGCGAAGAAUCAAGCGAAGAUGAGGAGUACAAGAUGGAAAAGGGCGAGCGAGAACAAUAUACAACCCAGAAAGAGCAAAAGAUGUUCACAAAGAAGGAAUUGUAUUCACUCACAAGUAUCGAAGAGUAUCAAGACGGGAGCAAGGAGCAAGAUGGAGUCCCAAGCAAUCUCAACUUUGCAUCGCUCAAACUACGCAAGAGAUACACAUUCCUCCAAGAUCCAUCAAUGAGCCCGAAGAGCGCCCACCAGAGGGCCGAGAUCAGGCUGUGGGACGCCGCCAACCAAGUAGGAGAUCAAUGGCAGGACCUGGGCCGUGAGCUAGGCCUCAGCGAGAGGGAGCUGAAGGCCAUAGAGAGGGAGAACGACGACAGACCAGAACAGGCCUUCGUCAUGCUGCACAAUUGGUCGGAGCAAGAAGGGAAAGAUGCAACGAGUGAGAGGCUGGAGGAGGCGCUAAGGAGUAUCGGUAGGGGAGACAUCAUCGACCGUUGCUUAGGCAACUAUGUUAGUCUAGAUGUUUCAGCCCAACCAGAUGACGAUUCAGAAAUGAUGAGAGACAUCCAGAUGGCUCUAAACGAAUCAGAUCGCCUAGGAAACGACAUUGAUGCCUUUUCACCUCAAGGUCAAGCAGACAUCACACUAGAGUUCUCUGGGGGGCAACAAACACCUGAUAUUCUCCAAAGUACAUUAGAGGAGCAAGCUCGACAAGAGGUUACAGAUAGAUUAAUCAAGGAGUUGAAAGAAGAAGCUAUCGAGGCAAGCUCUUCUGAGGAUGUGAAAGAAUCGGCAGCUGCAGCAGAAUUCUAUGAGGAGAUCAAGGAAGAAAUUCUUGAGAAGCAUGAAGAAGAAAGAAGAGAGCUCCACUUUGAACCCUCGUUCGGAACGCUGGAAGAAACCAAAGAGGAGGAUUCACCCUCUCCAACUGGACCACAGGAUGUCCAAGAUUCAGCUCGACCUACGGACCUAGGGGAGAUGGAAGAACGCACACCGCAGAUAUCCGAGCCAUUGGUCGAUGAGCAACUGGACGCACCCAUGGUGUUAGGAGAUAGAGAGGAGAAGCCAGCAUACACACCAGAAGAACUAGAAGACUUUGCCCAAGCUUUGAAUGAAUUUGCAAUCAAUGACUUACCCGAAGAUGACCAGGAGGCACCAGCCCCUCCCGCAGGACCUAUUGUCACGGAGGACAUGAGCGCCACAGAAUCUGCCCCACCCGCAGUAGAGACCAACCUGAAGCAUCUAGAUGCCAUGACACCGGAAGAAGAGGCGGAGAUGGAGGACCUUCUCAACAUGGACUUCACCAAGGCCUACCACGAGCCAAUGGAAGAAGGCCAAGCUCCCCAAGUAGCAGAGCCUGAGGAAGUUUCUCAUCCUAUGGGAGUGGUUGAGACUGAACCAAACAUUGAGUUCCCUCCAGAAAUGGAAAUGCCAGUCGAUGGUGAUGAGGACAUUGAGGAGGAGAUCGAGGAGUACGAGGAGACCCUGGACGACGGCACCAUCCGCAAGGUCAUCAAGCGACGGAUCAAGAAGCGCACUGUCCAGAUGAUCCCUGUGGAGAUUGACCCUUCGCAGUAUCCCGAGGGAGCCUUUGGCGAUGACGACGAUGUCAGAAGGAUCACAGUCCACAAGAAGGUCACACGCAAGACCUUCAUGAAAGACGGAGAAGAAGUGGAUCAGCAAGAGGAGGUCGAGACCAACAUCGAGGAGGAUGGUGUCGUCAAGGAGAACAGUGAACUCCGGGAGGACCUCCAGCAGAUCGUCGACGGACUUCUCAACGACCAGUCGAUAGAGGGCGAAAGCAUGACGACUGUCGUCGUUUCGGAAGAAACAGUGGAAGGAGACGAAUCUGAAAUUUAGAUUGUUCUCUUUCUGUUUUUGUGUGUCGUGGUCGUUCAAAUCGUUUCAUAUCCUUGUAGAACUUUGAGAGGAUCAAACUUUAGAAAAUUAAAAAAAGAUCAUAGCAUCGUUUUACAUUACCGUAUUCAUUUAUACAUUGUAUUCAUCAGCAGAAUGUUGUUUUAUGACAAGAAAUUUAAAUUACUAGGAUUGGAUAAACCUGUGUUGAUGCAGUUCAAAUAUUUGCUAUUUCUCCGAAUGUGAGAAUAUAAGGCGCAUUCUUCGGAAACUUAUCAUAGAAUUAAAAAAAUAGUAACUUGCUUUCUUAUUGUAAAAAAAUUUGAAUACAAUUAUUGUAUAUCCAUUCAUGACAUGUCUACUCUGUUUGAUACGUAAAGAUGUGACGAUCGAUCAUACUGUAUUGUUAGUCAUAAUUCCUGCUCUGUAAAAUGGAGAAGGCAGGUUCAAGCAAAUGCUAUAUGUAGGUACUUGUAAUGUAGGGCUAGUGCAAAGACGAGGUCACAAAACUUGCGUGAACUUUGACCUUUGACCCAGAGCAGACUGCCUGGAUAUUCAAUCUUUGACUGGACUCGGAUUAUCUUGUAAUUAUUGUACAUGUUUAAUAAUAGACAAAAGUGAUUGUUUGUGUGUGCGUGGCUGUGUCAUGAAGUAGAUUCCUGUGUUCUUAGAAUGUUGUUUCUCAUGCUCAACAGAUGCAAUUUGAGAAUUAGCAGAUAUUUGGGAGGAAAUAAACUGCUAAUUGUGUUUUCUUAUAUCACGCUAUACAGUGAACUUUUAAAAAAGUUGGGGAAGAAAAAUACAGCAUGGAGUUCGUGUAAGGAGUGAAAUAUAGAUGUUGAAUAAUGAUAUUAAACCUGGAAAAAUUAUGAAAUGUUUCUUUGGAAUGUAGAGCGAUUUGGUAUAUGGGAUCUUAUCUAUUGCUUCACGCAUGCUGAUGGCAUCAUUCUUUAGAGAACUUCUUUGUUGUUUUGUCUGUAUAAACAUUGAUCGUGAAAAGAAAAUUUAGCUCGCUUUAUUUGAUAGAGAUUAUGGAUUUAUGACUUUCUGCGAAUGCACUCUUCUCGUUGGUGUUAUUUGAUGCCAACAUGGGAAGCGUUCAUUUCAUUCUUUUUCUUUGGGAUGAUUUGUAGCGGUAAUUAACUUGCCUCGGGUUUUAGCUUCAACUAACCAAUCGAUACCAUGUCAUUUCCAAAUGAAAUAGAUUAUAUCUGGGUGUAUAAUAUUUGCUUAUUUGUGAUUUCAAUAUUCACUCGUAAAGAGGAUUUCUGGAAAGUAGAUUGGUAUAAUAGUAGACUCUUGCCUGUGGUUCAGUGUAAUGUUCGUAGAUAAAUCUGUGAUUUGUGUGAAAUUUCAAAGAAAUUUGUUCGAAAAAAGGAUAUGAAUGCUGUAUAUGGCUUUGCUAUGGCGAAUAUGAAUAUCGUCAAUUGAUUAACAUGAUUAAUGAAUUUAAACUGUCACAUUCUUUGUAAUUUGGAGGUGUUUAUUCUGAUUUUAGUGCAUGCUGAUGCUAUCAUAGCGAUUACGUAAUCCCAUAUAGAGUCUGUCGACAUAUUUUGUGCAGUACUUGUCUGGUCUACUCCUGUGUAUACCCCCAAGACAUUUUACCAUGUGAUAUAAUAUUAUUCUAAGUGCAAAAAAUGGAUAGGAAUUCUAAUAAGGCAUGUUUUGACUUUCUUUCUUUCGCCAAAAAAUAAUCAUGGCAUAAUGGAUCGCAUAUAAAUUUGGAAAUUAUCUAACUUUGAUGAAAUAUUUGAUUAAUCACAAUAUCUAGUUGCUAUAUUAUAGAGUGUUUUUCUGUAGUUAUCUAUCGGUGUGACGAUAUAAGAUUAAAAUAUAAUGUUGAUUUACUUUCCAAUUUAAAAGCAGAAAAGUAUGAUAUAUAUUGCAAUGUGAUUGUUUCUUUAAAAACACUGGGUAAUUCAUUCUCUUUUUUUUCUGUGAUAAUGGUAAAUAUAUAUAUAGUUCAAAUGUUAUUGCAGUGCAGAUGAUAAUUAAUAGACUAGGCAAUGUUUCCUGCACUUAAAAUAGAUUCGGUAGCUGUGUAAAUGUACAUCAAUAAGACUCGCUUGACUAGCUGAAAAUUAAUAGUAGACAGCUCCAUAGGAUCUAUAUAUUAAACAAAGAAACACUGCAGUACAAGUGCACAAUGUGAAACUGGUGUAUUUAUGACAGCUCUUAGGACACUGGUGCGUAUUUAUGUCUGCAUUUGGUGAACUUGGAGUAUGAUGUAAAUUCCACUUAUUCAACAUUACAAAAAAAAAAUUGGUUGUGAUAUUUUGAGUUCUUCCUACAAAGAGGGAGGUAUUUCAUACAUUGUUUUUCUCUCUUUUUUUGUUUGUUUCCUGAUGUGGAUGUAUAGAGGUGUUUCAUUCUUGAGAUACUAUUGAAAGUAAACAAAUUAUGGUAAACAGGAAAGCGUGUGAUACAGCCGUUUGAAGAAGAAAAAAAAAAUCAUGUGCGUUUAUUCUAAGGAGAAGGGUUAUCUGUCUGCACGUUCCCAGUAAAUGAGAAAAAAAAACUUA